AUGGUGGUUGAGAUUGCCUCUUUGCAACAAUUACCUGAAACAUUUAAUACCAAUCGUAAUCAUCAUCGUUCAUCCUCAUCCUCAUCGUCAUCAUCAUCGUCUUCGUCACUUUCAUCAUCGACGACAUUUACACGAAAUUCAACAGCGAUCAAUACUACUUCGUCCUCGAGUGGUCAUACAAUGACGAAUGGUCAUCGUUUGAUGUCUAAUGAACUCGGCAUAAAAGCGGAACAAAUUCUUGGCCAUGCACCAGCUGUUGUAGAUUAUCGUAGAAUACAAAGUAUGGACUUAUCUAUUCAACAUCCGCCUCGGAUAAAUAUCACUAGUUCUAAAACACGUGCAAAUAAUCAACAAGUAUCUCCAGUGACAACUUCGAAUCAUUCGAUGAUUUCAAAGAACAGACAAAGUGUAACAAUCGAGCAACUUGUUCCGCUUAUAUCCAAACUGAUGGCACCCUUGAACAUAAAAAAGUUUCCAGAAACGAUUUCCAGGCAGUCGAAACAUGUUAAUAUCGUUAACGAAAGUCGUCAAGCAAAUCUAGCAUUACAUCGUGAAACCAAUAUUAAUCUUAGUGAGGGUGAGGAUGAGAAUGAUGACGGUGAAAUUUUAUCAAAUGAGAAUCCAAUACAAAAUCCACAUUCCGACAGUGAUGAUGAUGACGAUGCCGACGACAAUCAUGAUGACCAAGCAUCGAAUCACAGUACUACGAAGAAUGACGAAGGACUUAAUGAAACGAAUUUGCAUACAUUCUCAUUAUCGGAUUUCAUUGUUGGCACUCGUUCACCUAUCGAAUCAUCGACUCCACCUGUGAAACGAAGUUUACCACCGGUCACACCUCCGGAACAAGAAAAGCCAACUAAACGAAAAGAAGAACUUAUAAGAUCAUUUUCAUCAUCUGUAAAUAUUCCAAUUGAUAUUAAACAACCUUCACUUCCGAUCGCCAUUCCGACCUACCUAUUUUUUGAUCGAUCUCUUCAAGUAGAAGAUAGUCAAUCUGUCGACAAGCCCCAGAAAAGAUCAAAACGAGAUGUUAAUGGAACGAUUAAGCACGAAUCCAAUCCAGAUAUGUUUGAUAACUCAACGACGGGAACGAAUACGCAACAAAAGAAAAGUAAAAUUAGUCAUGUUUACAAGCAAGAGCCAGCUAUCGUCUCGACUUUCAACCAUAUCAAAACCGAAUCACAAACAAUGUCAAACUUUCAUUCACCUAAUGAAAGACCAACUGCUGAGAAUAUGGCAACUGUUGCACCAAUGAUCGUACAACCGAAAAAGGAGAAGCCUACUGCUAAUGUGAAACCACUACUGCAAACGACAUUGAUCGAUAGUGCUUCAUCAACGACGAGCAAUCCUAAUGCUGGUAAUGCGUCGGAUCGUUUACCAGCGACGACAAAUAGUACGACAAGAGCGUACUAUGCAAACUUGAGAAAUAUGUCGACGAAGGAAUUAAAUUCUUUAGCUCGUGACAAAAAGAAACAAGCCGAUGGGGAAAAACGAACAUUCAGCGAUGUGAAACAGUCUAUGUCAUUGUACCUCGAGUCUGUUUGUUAUUUUAUUCAAUGUGCUCAUGAUGAACCAAUCAUCGAACAACGCAUAACUCUCUUGUCUGCAACAUUAGCAAUGCUUCAGCAUUUAGCACACAAUUAUCAAAAAAUGUUUCAUAUAUCAACGAAUCAAUCAGCUGAAUUGUUGAAUCAAAUUCGACCAAAGUUUCUUUUAAUUAACUAUUGGCUACAAUCGUAUAUUCACCAAUUGCAAUAUAAUACAAAUUUCCCAUCCAUUGAACGAUGUGCUACUCAAGUGAUCGAUCAUUGUACUCAUUCGAAAUCACCUGAAGAUAUGAAUCCUCAUAUUUUAUCGGAAUUCUCCAAAUAUAUGCUACAUUCAUAUCAUUCAACGAACUACUGGAAUAAAGCCGAACGUUUAACACGUGACGAACCAGCAAAGAGAUUUCUUGAACAGUUAUUACGACAAAAUCAAAACCGACGUUUAUCACGCGAUGAUUCAACAUUAGAUUUUCUACUUCCGUACUCUCUGUAUCUCAAUCGUGCAUCUGCUUCCAAUUUUCAUUUCAAACAAAAUACAAACACUCCGGUUUAG